UGUAGCCACAGCAACAUAUGCUUUCGUUGCACAAAAUUUUGAAACGUGGUGGUGUGAUUCCCACAAAAGGAAUUAACCCCUUAUUUAUCUAAUCGUCUACAGCCCUUUACUUAGGGCCAGAGAUUCAAUUUUACGCGUUAGAAAUCCCGUACUGUCUAAAACAGCUUUUGAUCAUGUCCAAACGUGUGCAACCGCAAUGGACACCGCAUCCGAAUUCCAAAACACCCGUGUUAAAACUGUACAACAGUUUAACACGACAAAAGGAGGUUUUCGUGCCACAAUCCGGCCGUAGAGUGAACUGGUACAGUUGCGGGCCUACGGUUUACGACUCAUCGCAUAUGGGGCACGCCAGGUCGUACAUCACCUUCGACAUCUUACGAAGGGUGUUGAGCGACUACUUCGGAUACGACAUAUUUUACGUGAUGAAUAUCACAGAUAUCGAUGACAAAAUAAUUAAGCGUGCCCGUCAGCAUCAUUUAUACGAGAAGUAUGUUUUAGAAAACAAAUCCCUUGAAGAGAUUCUCGUUGAUGCAAAAGAGGUAUGUAAGUAUAUGUGCACUUUUUGUAAUAGUGCUGUAAGGAAUGGUGAAGAGACUGUGGCAAAGACAAACGAUUCAGAUAAACAGAAAAUGAUAACAAAGACAGUGAAAAGGUGUGUUGCAUCAUUUUUUUUUCGUUUCACUAUCAUAUUUCGCAGGCUGACUGAUUGUGUGGCACAGUUACAAAGUGCAUUGAAAAAUGGAGAUAAUAACGCGACUGAGUUAGCCUUAGAUAAUUUAAUUCGGUAUGGGAAGGAUCCGAUUUCCGAGUGGUUAGAUGCGAAGAAUGGCGCUUCUGUGACUGAUAACGCAAUCUUCAGUGCAUUACCGAGAUACUUUGAGGAAGAAUUUCACAAGGAUAUGGAUGCUUUAAAUGUGCUUCGUCCUCAUGUGUUGACAAGGGUUAGCGAGUAUAUUCCGGAAAUUGUCGAGUACAUUCAGACAAUUAUAGCGAACGGUUUGGGGUAUGAAGCGAAUGGGUCUGUUUAUUUUGAUGUGGCCCAGUUUGAUAGUAGAGAGAAGCAUUUUUAUGCAAAAUUGGUUCCUGAAGCUUACGGUGAUACUAACAGUUUGCAGGAGGGAGAAGGUGACUUAACAACCAUUGAUCAACAAAAUGAGAAACGGUCACCAAACGAUUUUGCACUGUGGAAGAAGAGUAAAGCGGGCGAACCAGCUUGGGAUUCACCUUGGGGGCGUGGCAGACCUGGUUGGCACAUUGAGUGUUCGGCUAUGGCAUCUUCCAUUUGCGGGCCGACACUUGAUAUACAUACGGGAGGAGUCGAUCUCAAAUUUCCUCAUCAUGACAACGAAAUUGCGCAAAGCGAGGCGUAUUUCGGGUCGCGUGAGUGGGUCAAGUACUUCCUUCAUUCGGGUCAUUUAACGAUACAGGGUUGCAAAAUGUCUAAGUCUUUAAAAAAUUUCGUAACCAUUCAGCAAGCCCUUUGCGAAUAUUCGGCCAGACAAUUGAGGUUCGCAUUCCUGCUACAUUCCUGGCGAGACACCCUUGAUUACAGUCCGAAUACGAUGGAGUGUGCUGUUCAGUAUGAAAAAUUAUUCAAUGAAUUCUUUUUAAAUGUUAAAGAUGUCACUAGGAACAUCACUCAAAGCACCUCCACUAAAACAUUCACCAAAUGGGAUCAACAAGAGCUAGGGUUAUCAACGAAAUUCGCAGAGACAAAAGUUAACCUACACACAGCUCUUUGUGAUAACAUUGACACAAGGUCAGCUCUGGAAGCCCUACGGGAGUUAAUAACCACAAGUAAUUUGUACUUAAGAGAUAAUAAGCAACCAAAUGGAGUAUUAUUACGGGAUAUAGCUUCAUACAUCACUUACAUUUUGUCAGUAUUUGGCGCCAUAAAUAAAGAAGACACCAUUGGCUUUCCGAUUUCCCAAACUGGACCAUCGGGAGAUGUGGAAUCAAUUAUAAUGCCCUACCUCAACAUCAUAGCCGAGUUUCGCGAGAAUGUCAGAAACCAUGCAAUAUCUCUCAAAGCGACAGACAUUCUAAAAGAAUGCGACAAUCUUCGAGAUGAAACGUUUCCAAACUUGGGAGUUCGCCUCGAAGACAAAGAAGGUGGCGGAAGUGCCGUGAAAUUAGUCGAUCGUGAAACACUGCUGAAAGAAAGGGAGGCAAAACGUCAAGCGGAAGCGGAUAAGUCGGCCGAAAAGGAGAGGAAGAAAUUGGAACAGGCUGCGGCACAAGCGGCGAAGGAGGCGCAAAAGCGUAUUCCGCCGGCGGAAAUGUUUCGGAUGGAAAUUGGGAAAUACACUCAGUUUGAUAACACUGGCCUUCCAACGCAUGACGCAGAAGGCAAAGAAAUUAGUAAGGGGCAAGUGAAGAAGUUACUCAAGUUACAGCAAGCCCAGGAGAAGAGAUAUCAGGAAUUUUUAGCAUCACAAUAACACAUCCCUUUGUCUGACUUCAUAACUUCCUCCCAGGGUCAGAAGUGACAAUCGUGCAAGAGAAAGUAAUUGUUUAAUCAAUUUGUAAUGCUUAAAUGAUACGUCAGUAUUCAAUUGCUGCCUACCUAAUUUGUAAAUGAAACUGUAAUUUAUUUAAUCUUCAACUAAUUAAAUGUAAAUUACUAGAG